AUGACGCGAACGGUUGUGGGACAUCCGCGCAUCAUCAGCGAGAACUUUGACGGCAUUUCCACCUAUUUUGGUCUGGUCAAAUGCACAAUGCUUCCACCUCGAGGUCUGUUUCACCCUGUUCUUCCUUAUCGCACCCAAGGCAAGUUGAUGUUUGCGCUUUGCAAGACCUGUGCCGAUGCCUGUAGCCAGACUCUCUGCGACCGUGAAAGAGCCAUUCAGGGUACAUGGUGUAGCGUGGAGCUGGAGAAGGCGUUGGAGAAGGCGUUGGAAAAGGGUUAUCAAAUUGUACAGAUUCAUGAAGUGUGGCACUUUCCCGAAACCUCGGAUGACCUGUUCAAAGAUUAUAUUGACACAUUCCUGAAAAUUAAACAGGAGGCGAGUGGGUACCCGAAAGAUUGCGUCACCAAAGAGCAGAGGCAGCACUACGUGGACGAGUACCUUGAAAAGUUGGGAAUCCAUUUAGACCCCCAGAAGAUUGAAUACAAUCCUGGAUUACGCGCUCUGGCUAAACUGAUGUUGAAUUCGUUCUGGGGUGAGUACUAUGCUUUCAUUGAUAUAUUUCUGCUACAUGAUAGUUAACAGUUUCUCGUUUAGGUAAAUUUGCACAACAACCCAACAUGGUUAAAACAGAGCAGAUAAAAGAUCCACAAGUAUUCUUUGACUACCUCACUUCUGAUGAGAUCUACGUGCUUGAUGCCAAUUUAGUGAGUGACGACAUCAUCGAAAUCCGAUACGAGUAUACGGACAAUUUUAUCAAACCCGAUGCCAAAACCAACGUGGUCAUUGCUGCUUUCACCACCGCCUAUGCCUGUCUCAAGCUUUACGGCGUGUUGGACAUGUUGCACGAGAGAGUGAUGUAUUACGAUACCGACUCAGUGAUUUUUGUCAGCAAACUCAAUGAACCCGAACCUCCCCUGGGCAACCAUCUCGGUGAAUUAACUGACGAAUUGGGAGGCGAAUACAUUACUGUGUUUGCGUCAGGCGGUCCGAAAAAUUAUUGCUACCGUACGAAUAGUGGUAAAGUUGAGACCAAAGUGCGUGGAAUCACUCUAGACUGCACGGCGAGGCAAAAUGUGAACUUCGAGGUGAUUCGUGGAUUGGUGUAUUUACAUGCUAAAUGUCAAGUGACAGGGCAAGUGUCUGUGGACAUUCCAUUUAGAAUUACAAGAAAUACCCGGACCAAGGAAAUUGAAACGAAGCGCAUGAAAAAAGACCACAGAAUAGUUUAUAAUAAAUGUGUAAUUAUGGAUGAUUACAGAACAUUACCUUAUGGGUACUAGCAGUUGAAAUAAAUAUUUUUACAAAGACGGUUUGAUCUCAAUGUUAAUUUUUAAUGUUCAGUUUGUGGUAAUGAUCCAGAUUCACACCCGUUUCCUUCUCCAGUGCAUCGACCUGCUUUUCGUUUUUUCUGGCCAUGUCCCACAUCAUCAUUUCUCUAGUGUUCAUCUGGUAGGUAAAGGUGUUCCCCUGGGAGGCCCGGGGUACCGUUAUACCUGUUAAUGUUUCCAGUAUGAUUUGUGUCAACAUAAUGGAGUGCAGCGUCGCAUUGUCAAUAAGCGUUGCUGGUAUUAUAUUCUUCUCUAUCAAAAGUUUCAUCAAAUCCAGAGUUGCCAAAUUUCCCUCUUGCUUAAUAAUUUUGGCCGAGAGCCAGUGAGUGACAAUGUUCCUCCAAGUCAUGUUUGCUUCAAAUGAUUAGGGAACUAAAGGGCCAGUAUCCUUUAUAGGUUUUGAUUAUUGAAUAAUAUGUAAGUUACAAUAACUGAAAGAUCACAUGUUUCAAUGCUCGCCUGUGUUUCACGCAAAAGAUAGUUUUCCAAUCGUCCGCCGUAUACUCAAGCAAUUCGAAAUCAUGUACUUUCAUAUCACUCAGACUUUCAGUAAAGGCCUCCAUCACCUCUGUUUUCGAAGCCUUUUCCAGAGCAUGAUCAAAGUAUAGACAUAACCGUUCAUCUCUUUCCAUCGUAAGACACUGGUGAUGCGUCUGGGACAGAUGCUCUGUCAUGCAACCGUUACAAUUUUCAACAACGAGCUGAGAGAUGAUAGGAGUGAUUUCUUCCGCGGAAACUUUUAGAAGUUUUUCGACGAUACGUUUUUGGCGGUAAUAGAAAAUAAGUUCCCUAUUAUCAAUAUCGAUAGGUUUAGACAUGUUUACUCUUUGUCUGAUCGAAAGUAAUGAAUGUUCCUUCCCGAUGGAAAAAGCAUUUAUACACGCGUGUACCUUCAGGAACAUUUUCAUAUUAGAGUGUGUGUCAUGGGACACUCUGCUAGUAAAAAUCCGAAGGUCAAUAAGAAUCAUAAUAAACAGAAAAUGUUUAGAAUCGGCAUAAGCGCAGGAAGAAAUGAUCUUAAUCUCGAGGGGCAUGUAUAAGUGGGAUACUUUGGUAAAACCAUCAAAAAUUACUGCCCCAUCGAAAGUACGAGGCCUCAGGAGGAUAGUAUUCAAACGUUGAAGAAUGAAAGGAUUCUGUCAAUUUCACGUGUGAACAUGGACGACUACUUAUCCAGCGUUUAUUCCGAUCCGAAAAGGUCGGGAGGAUCUGGCGGAGUGGAUCGUUUGUACCAAGAUGUUAAAGAUGAGGGAAAGUUUAAAAUAAGUCGAAAGGAAAUCAAGGAAUGGUUAAUGAAACAGGACGCAUACAGAUUGCACAAGCCCAUGCAUCGCCACUUUAAACGGAACCGUGUCAUUGUAGGGGGUAUUGAUCAACAAUGGCAAAUGGAUUUGGCGGACAUGCAGUCCAUGCAGAAGUUUAACGAUGGUUAUCGUUAUUUACUUGUCUGCAUUGAUGUCUUUUCCAAGUAUGCAUGGGUAGUCCCAUUGAAAAACAAGACAGGUCCUACACUGGUCAAAGCUUUCAAGGUCAUUUUAACGUCUGGAUGCAGACCCGAAAAGAUCAUGACCAAUCAAGGAACAGAAUUUCUAAACAAACAUUUCUGA